CGACUAACACGGUGAGAACAGGAAACAUCGCACUGCUGAAGCGGACACGUCUUCCUUACUAUCGCCAUAUUGGUUAUUAGUAUUGAAUGUUCGAUCUGCGCAUUUCAGGACGAAGGUGUUUGUGAUUACAUUUACUGCUCUAUGGAUUGUGUUGUUGAAUUUCAGACUGUGUGACACAGCUAUCGGCCAUCAACGAUGACUACCCCUAUAUGCAGGUGCCGCGUGUUGUAUCUUGGAUCGGCUGUCCCGCACAUCACUAAGGAUGGAUUACAAGGGAUUCAAGAGCCGCUGCGGGAUUUGUAUCCGGAACAGGGUUCGUUUUCAGCUAAAGGUAUCGAUUCCUGGUUGAGCGUGUGGAGUAAUGGCAUCCUGCUAGAGAAUGUGGACGAAUCUAUGAGACAGGUGACACGGUUUUUUAACAUCGAGACUUUACAUUAUUGUGCCGCUAUUAGGUAUGUGGUGGUGCCGGGAAAUAAUGGGGAAAGAGUAGAAAAAUUUUUGCCAUUAGACAGCCCGUUUGCUAGGUAUGCGGAUCCCAGUCAUCCUCCUUUAUUUGCUUGCAUUCUUAGACGCACUACAGGAAUUAAAGUUCUAGAAUGUCAUGCAUUUAUAUGCAAAAAAGAAGCUGCUGCCAAUGCUCUUGUUCGCUGCUGUUUUCAUUCUUACGCAGACAGCAUGCAAGCUAAACAGCUGGAUGAAAAUCCCUAUUAUAUGGAAAAUAGACGGUCCCAGUCGUUAUCUGGUUUAAAUACUUUGGAAAAAAUGGAUGUAUGGCGUUCUAAAGGUGAAGGAUCAGCCCUUACGAGUUCAUCCAAUAACAUUUCAAAGAAUACAGGGAACGGUAUUAAACCAGCUCCUCCUCCAAGAAACAAUGUUGCCAACCAAGAUGAUGAUAACUACAAAAUCUGGACAGGUAUAGCUCCGACGGAAAGAGAACUGCUGUACGUGGAUGCUACGGGUACAAUGCGCAGUUUGAAAUCUGCGAGUGGAACUUUACGAUCAGCCCAAGCUAAAAUCCGUCAAAUAGCUGGAGGAAUACCACGACCACCACCUCCUCCUUCUCCUAGCCUCUUUAAUGGAAAAGAGCAUAAGAGCAACAAAGCUAACAAACCUUCUAAAUCUAAAAGCAAGAAGAAGCAAAAAGAACAACAGCAAGUAUUUAUGAAUGGGACGGGGCGAAUGGUGAACGGAAUGAGACCAGUUUCGGUGAUGGGACAUUACGGAUCUAUUCCUCAGCCACCCCCUCAGGUACCAUAUCGCAAUUCUGGAUUUUACACAGAGCGUCGGAUACAUAAAAAUGGUCGUCUUCCUAUACCAGGGCAUGAAGAGCCAAUUUACAUAUCUACACGUCCCCUGAGUCCAGUGUCAACAUACCAGCCUGCAGCUUUUCCGUAUGAGCAGUACUUUAUGCAAUAUGGAACUGCCCCCAGGAAUAUGCCGUUUAGAGAUGGCCCCGUGAGAGGUCGACCUUCUAACCAAGCUUUGCAACAACAUUAUUAUCAGCCUCAAACAUUUCACUCGCCUUCACCACCCGAAAAAACGUAUGUGGUGGACGCAGCAGACUUAGCAAACGAUAAAGAUGAGUCUGGAGAGUACAAAGAUCCGGAUGGCUCACCUUUCAAUACAGGUAUUUACAAAAAGAAAGGACAUUUGAAUGAAAGAGCUUUCUCUUAUUCUAUAAGACAAGAACAUCGCUCACGAUCGAACAGUCUAGCCAGCCUUCAGUUCUUCGCCAACAAUGACUCUAUCAACAAUGAGGGGGAUGGUCAAGAGCGAUCGCGAGAUGAAGAUCGAAAAGAGAGGGAGCUCGCUCAGUUGGUCAGUGGUUUGGACUUGAAGGACAAUGGCAUGCCGGGGUCAACUUCCAGUCGUAGGGCGGAGUCGAACUUCAUUAAGAAAAAAUCUACUGCUUAUCAGAGGUGAAGAUAAAACAGAUGUAUAAAUUCUGGGACUUGUGCGAAAACUGACAAGUUGUUCUUGUACGAAAACUGACGAGGUACUGGUGCUUUGCCAUAAAUGAGAGAACAUCAUCCAUCUCCAAUGCCUUUUACUUCAGAUCUGGCUUUUGAAAUCUUAAUGACUUCAAGAAAUGUUAUUACCAGAACAUACUUAGAACUUCCAUAUUUAAACUGCCUACUGCUUGAAAGCAUGUUACUCAAGGCAAGAAAAUUAUAUUUCAUUUAGUGCUAUUUGACUGUGAUGAUGCUCUGCACUUGUUAUUUCAUUGCAAGCCAAACUUAAUUUUCUUAAUUUUCGAAAUACUAGAGAAUAAAUAAUUUCAAGUUAUAUGACAGGAAUACUUACAAGUCUAGAAGGAAAGCUUCUGCAUCUAAUAUUUUGUGAAUAAUUUGUGCACACGAAAAUUAUCUGCCACCGUGUGCUAUGCAUCUUAUUUUAGCGGAAGUGUUAAACAUAAUAUGAGAACUAAUAAUUGUAAAUGUGUUGAUUAGGGACAAAUUCUAGAGCUUUGUUAUACAUGCAAAUAAAGAUUUUAGUCACUAGAGAGAAUAACAGAAGCAAUUUGGUAUAAACAUAUCUAUCAAUUUGUUUUAGUCCAAUUUAGUUUAUAUCAUGAUGUACUUUUUCAGAGAACGGGUAAUAAUGCUCAAGAUUUCUUAUGAGACUGGUGAAUACUCCUAAGGUGAAAAAUAUAUGUUAAAUUUUUUAUUCAGAUCAAAACAAACUUCACAUAAUUUAUCGAAAAUUUAGUUCUACUAUUCAAAAUAACUUUGCAGUUCUUUUAAUGUAUUGCUGGACUAUGAUGAAAAUUCACGAGCAUGUAAAUAUGUGUAAUUUUCGUAAUAUUCAAUAUUCAAGUUUUUUAUAAGAUUUUACACAAAUGCUCAAACGCUUCGAAUUUUUAAUUAAAACUGCAAUUUCUGAAUAUGUACGUUUUGUUCUGAAGCGAUGUUAAAAUAAAGUAUUCUGCCUCACAGAGUGUAUGUACAGGAACUGAUUUACUUACAAUGUCAAACUGUUAUUAACUACAUUUGUUUUUUGUUUCUUGUGAAAUGAAUUUAUAAUUUAUUUAGAAACUAUACAAAAAUUAUAAUAUGUAUAAAAAAGACAAAAAAGUUUUAACACCUUUUUACUGAAUGUUAUCUUAAUUUUUCCUGUGGAAGAUUAAAAUAUAUGUGAAAUAAAUAAAAUAUCAUUUCUCAUAAAUA